AUCACAGGAGAUCGAGCUUCAUACGCGAUCACUUACCAAGCAGUAACGAUGUUCCGACUUAAAGUUCCCUUAAUUUUGCUAAUCUUGUACUGCUUCUUGACGGUUGGUUCUGAAACCGUUGCCCCUAAGGCAGGCGCAGAUUCCUUACAAGUAAAACCCGUAGCAGGAUGCUCUUUUGAAGACGGUCAAUGCGUUUACAACGUCAACCUCGGCCACCGCGGAACGUGUGACACCACGGGCAAAGAUGGAGACACAGCUCUAGUGAAGUUGGCGGAACUUCAAAAUAAGCUUCUUGAACAGAGUCUGCUCUCACAGGCGGUUAGUAUGAAAUACGACAACGUCACCAUGGUAAUACAACAGUUGCAGUUGGCAUUGAACAGUUUAGAUGCAGUGACCCGUCAGGAGUUACAGCCUCUUGUACAAACCGUUGUUUCUGCAAAUAAUGCCACAAGAGCUGAAUUGGCGUCCAUGCUAGCGAGACUUCAGACUCUGGGGAAAGAGCAAGGGAAUGUUCUUCUAUGGUUAAAUAGAAUUGAAAACGAAAGAGCGCAGCUGUUGUCGAAAGUUGAUACCUCUUCUAAAGUAUAUUCUAGCUGCUCCGAGUGGAAGAGAAAUGGUCACGACAAGAACGGCCACUAUUUGCUGGACGUGGACGGUAAAGGCGGCGUUCCAGCUUUCUACGUGUGGUGUAACAUGACAUCAUCACCCCCCACGGCGUUCAUCGGCCACGACCAAGGGCUCAGAACUAAGACGGAUGGUUACGAAAAAGAAGGAUCACAUAUUUUUCGUGUUUUGUAUGACGUCACAAUGAGGCAGCUUACAGCCCUAAUGGCCAACCCGACGAACUGCAAACAGUAUUUCAAGUACGAAUGUCAUGGAGCUGCCAUUAACUAUGGUGGUGCCGCUUACUCAUGGUGGGUGUCACGUGACGGUGAAAAGAUGACGUAUUGGCCUGGAGGGGAUCCAAAACUGGGAGGAUGCGCUUGCGAAAGAACCAAUUCAUGCGCUGGUGGACACAAGUGCAACUGCGACAUGAACGACCUAACUUGGCGUCAAGACGAGGGCUACAUCACUCACGUCACUAAACUUCCGGUGACAGAGCUGAGAUUUGGCGAUACGGGAGGAGCCGGUGAACAAGGCUACUUUACCUUGGGCCCAGUUGAAUGUGAAAACUAAUAAAGUAAUGAACGUUAAUUAGUUUGAAAUGUAUUUCAUCAAUCGCAUAGCGAAACCAUUAAUGAUACAGUACUGAGUUAUUGAUUGAAAAAUUUAAAUCAUUUAAAAUUGUGAACCUUCCGCGUGCAGUGUUAUUUACGGAUAUGAUAUUGUACUGAUUCAGUUACAGAUUUCGUUAAUAGAUACAAGUAUUACAAUUUCGUCUAUUGAUGCAAAUGAUUGCACGAGAAAAGUGUAGCGUCUGAUCUAGGAAGUUGUGGAGUAUCCCAGUGUUACAAAGACCUGUGUGUUGACGUACACUGUUUAUUUCCCACUCGAUCACAUCGCACCUUUAAUAAUAUACAAAACAUUCGCAUUAGUAACAUUGGCUGCGGUUUGCUGGAUAGUUGCAAAGUACCUCAUUAGUCAUAAGCAUGACUGAAGUAACUAUUAACUAAUUCAAUUGUUUAUGCUUGGUCCAAAAUAUGUACGAUUUGUCCAUGGUAG